AUGAGUCAAACAGAAUCUACAAAAGAAAAUGGAUUACCAUUUUAUGCAAGUGGUUUAGUUGUCAAAGGAUUUGGGCGAGGAUCAAAAGAUUUGGGUAUUCCAACUGCUAAUUUUAGUCGUGAUGUAAUAAAAGAUUUACCUAAAAACAUAAGUACUGGAGUAUAUUAUGGAUGGGCACAAGUCGAAAAAUCACCAGUUUACAUGAUGGUUAUGAGUAUUGGUUGGAAUCCAUUUUAUAAGAAUACAGAAAAGUCUAUGGAAAUCCAUAUUCUUAAACAAUUUGAUGAAGAUUUUUAUGGAUCUAAUUUAAAAGUUAAAGUUGUUGGUUUCAUUCGACCAGAAUUAAAUUUCAACUCUGUUGAUGAACUAGUUAGCACUAUUCAUUCCGACAUUGAAUAUGCUAAACAAAAUUUAGAUGAAAAUGAAAAAGUAGAUGUAUACUUUGAUUUAUAACUAAAAAUUGUAAGAUAAUUAAAAU